UAUCCUGUGUUUUGAAGAUGGCAGGUUUUGGCUUGUGAUCAAUAAGGAGCGGAACAUGGUUACUGUUUGCCAGGAACCUUGUCAUUCCCUAACCUGUGAUGGUGACACCCUGACUCUCAGUGCAGCCUACACGAAGGACCUGCAGCUGCCCAUCAAAACACCUACCACGAACGCAGUGCGCAAGUGCAGAUAUAAUGACAAAUGUGAUGCUCACUCAGAUGCCAGCUCAUUCUCCAUCCUUUCUGAGGCAUCGUUGGCGGAUCUCAACUCCAGGCUGGAGAAGAAAGUUGAAGCAGCUAACUUCAGGCCCAAUAUUCUAAUCUCAGGAUGCGGUGUGUAGGCAGAGUAUUCUUGGGAUGAAUUUCUCAUUGGGGAUGCGGAACUGAAGAGGGUGAUGGCUUGUUCCAGGUGCAUCUUUAUCACAGUGGACUCGGACACCGACAUCACAAGCAGGAAGGAGCCGCUGGAAACACUGAAGAGUUAUCUCCAGUGUGACCCUUCUGAGCAGAAGUUGUAUGGAAAAUCGCCUCUCUCUGGACAGUAUUUUGUCCUGGAAAACCCAGGGACAGUGAAAGUGGGAGACCCCAUGUACCUGCUGGGCCAGUCAUGGAACCAUAUGUCCUGGGAUGUCAGUUGCCUUUGAAAUAUGUCCUCAAAAAUGACAACACUUGGGUCGCGGUGUUUCUGCAUGGAUACUGCAGCCUCUUCUUUAGAUCUGUGAUUUCUAAGCUUUUCCUCUCUUGGACUUCUUGUGUCUCAAUGUUUUCAGGGUCUCAGUGAACAAAGCAAAGAAAUAUGGUCUUGCUAACUUAGUAGGACUUCAGUAAGUCACUUAAAUGACAAGGCAGGACUCUGAAAACCCCUGCUUAAUUAUGAUUGCGGAGUAAUUCUUUGUCCAUCCACCCACCCAGAGGGCUAAACUUCAUCAUCUCAGUACCACUCUUCAGGGAAAGAGAAGAGGAAGAGUGGGUGAGCCAGAAGAAUGUUCUGGAAGUUUUUAUUACCCCUGUGUAUUGGACAUUAAGGUGCAGUGUUGUCUAAGCUGCUGCUUGAUGUUGUUCAGGGAAGUGUUGGCGCCCUUCUUAGUGUCAACACGUGAGGAAAUGG